AUGUUACUUGAUUGUAAUACAAAAAAGACAGUAACGAGACCCUAUGUAACGGUACUUCCGAUCACCAAGCAAGUGAUCAAAAUUGUGGAACAAAUGGUACACGACAAGGGCGUUUGUGAUUUACAUACUUAUCAUUGGAAGAAUGGUGAAAUCAUAUUGGAUGGUGAUUUGCUCGCAGGAGUGGACCCAGAUGAACUGUGGGACGAUACAUAUAUUCCACGCAAAAAUAAAUACAAACAAAGCGAUGAGAAUCUUUGUAAUGAAAAGAUAGAUCAAGAUGAAAUUGAUGCUUUACUUUUUAUUGAAAACUAUGACGAUGAACACACCAAAAAUGUUAAAGAACAGACGGAAGACAGGAGUGUUGCAAGUAUUUAUGAACGAUUGAGACAGAGAAAUGAUGAUGAUAAAUCCUAUGUUCAAGACGGAAUAAAAAUGAGACCAACCGAACGUAAUAAUCAAGAACGACCAAGGUAUAAUCAACAAUACCUAAAUCGAAAGAAACCAAAGUGUAAUUUGCUAAAGAACAGGAGUGCAAUGAGAAAAAAGGAAAAAGUCAAGAAAUUGAAAGGUUAUUUGAAUGAAAUAAUUUCAAUGAAGGAAAAUUCAAGGAAAAGGAUUCUGAAAAAAGAGUCGAAAUACAAUCUACUAUUCCAACAGGUUGGAAGUGACAAGAAAACCGAAUAUGGAAGAGAUAAGGCAACUCUGAUUGCGCGAUUCAUGCAACAAAUCAAGGAUAAAGUUCAAAAUGAAGGAGUAUUGUUUAUCCAACAAUACUACCUAAAUAAGGGACUGAAAUUAUUCAAAGAUGAAGGCAAUAAGGCUGUGACGAAAGAACUUGAUCAAUGGAUACAAAGAGAAUGUUGGGAACCAAUUCAUGUUGAAGACAUGACUGAUUUGGAAAAAAGAAGAGCCCAAGAUGCUAUGAUGUUAUUAGCAGAAAAAAAACACUGGUGA